AUGACAAAUGAAAAAGGAAUUGGAAUUAUAGAUAUCGGAAGUAAUGGAAUUCGGUUUGGAUUAGUAUCUUCUCUUCAACGUCAUUUACCUGUGUUAUAUGAAGAACGUGCUCCAAUAUCUUUGUUUGAUGCUCAAAAUGAUGAUGAUAAUACUGAACGUAAACCAAUUUCAAAAGAAAUAAUUGAUGAUGUAAUUAAUUGUUUACAAAGAUUUAAAUUUAUAUCUAAACAUUAUGAAAUUGAUAAUAUCAAAGUUAUUGCUACUGAAGCAACUCGUACUGCACCAAAUUCUGAAGAAUUUUUAUUUCGUAUUUAUGAAGCAACUGGUUUAAAAGUUGAAAAAUUAUGUGAAGCUGAUGAAGCUCGUAUCACAGCUAUGGGAAUAAUUGCUACUUAUUAUGAAGUUGAAGGUUUAGUUAUGGAUAUGGGUGGUGGAUCAAUGGAAUUAAAUUUUGUUAUUCAUCAUCCAAAAGAUAAUGAUGGUAUUAUUAAUAUGUCGGAAUUCCCUAUAAACCUUCCUUACGGUGCCGCAGCGUUAAAAAAAUUAUUAAAAGAAGCGAAAGAUCAACAAAAACGUUCACAAUUAUUUAAUACAAUAAAAACUAGAUUAGAAGAAGGUUUCAAAAAAUUGAAUCCUCCUGAAAGUAUUAAAGGUGAAAAUGGAUAUACGGUUUAUAUGAAUGGUGGAGGAUUUCGUUCAUUAGGUUAUUUAAGUAUGUCAGAAGAAAUGAAACAGAAUUCAUAUCCAAUGCCUAUUAUAAAUGGUUAUGGUAUUUUAGCAAAAAAGUUGGUCGAAAUUACUGAUCGAUUUCUUGAUAAACCUAAAUUUCUUAGUGGUAAUCCUUUUCGAAUUAGUAAACGACGUGAAAAACUUCUUCCCGCGGCAUGCUUUUUAUUUAAGGUAUUAAUGGAAGUUAUUCCUUUAGAUUAUGUUUACUUUUGUGAAGGAGGUGUUCGUCAUGGUCAAUGUUUCGAUUUGUUAUCUCCAAUACAACAUCAAAAAGAUCCAUUAGAAUCAUUUAUAUUUAGUCAUCCAUUUCAAUCCCCUUAUCUUACCGUUCAAUAUCGUGAUCAUUUAGUCAACAUAAUUAAAGAAGGUAUUCCAUCAGGAUUAUAUGAUAUCCUUGAUCAUGAUGAAUAUUCAAUAAAAAAAUCUAAUAGACUUGAGCGUCUUCUUCCGAAUCUUGUUUGUCUCGCUCAUUGGUCUAUGAAUCUUGCUAAAGAAUCUCGUCCCAUUGCAGCAUUUUAUUUACCUUUAGCUGGAGGACCACUUAGUGAUGCACCAGGACUUACACAUACUGAUCGAGCAAUUAUAUCAUGGUGUUUAAUGUGGAGAUAUCAUGAAGAUGCUAGUGGAGCAAAGAGUGGAGGAGUUGAGAAAGAUAUAUCAAAUAUGAAUCCUUCAUUAUUUGAUAAUGUAAAGGAAUUGAUACCAGCAGGAAGAGAUGGUAGAAUGGCAUGUGAAAUUAUUGGAAAAUUUAUAGGUUUCGUAAUAUUAACACAUCCAGGUUUUCCGAAAAUUGAAAAUAUCAAAUCUUUAUGCAAAUUUAAAGUCACCGAAAAAAUAAUUGAAAAUUCUAAGAGAAGAAGAUAUAAUGUUCAAUUAACCAUUUUUGGUACAGAAGAAUUUCGUGAACGAACGGAACACAAAUAUCUUGUAAAUAAUUCAAUUGUUAAAAAAAUCAGUAAAAAACUUGAAAAAAGUUAUGAACUUAUUGAAGAAAAAAAUCAAGUUAUUACCGACGAGGUCAUGAGCAUUCAAAAUAGAAAAAGAAGAAAACGAGGAUAUCAUUUAGGCGAAAUUCAUAUACGAGUAAAUUUCUCCGAAAUUAUGGAAUAA